GCCGAGCACCCCCCCUUCCAGUUUGAAAACAGAUCAAUAGGCUCAAUCACACCAGUAUUGAUUGUUUUUUUUACAUUUUUAUCGGGGGGGCGAUGCCGAGCCUGAGAGAGUGCGGCCGAUGCCUGGCAGACUGAGCUCAGGGGCGGCAAUGCCCAACUUGUAAAAAAAAAAGAAAAAAAAAAAAGGACAGGACACACUUCCUGGUUGGCUCCGCUGUGGGGUUCGUCCGUCGUCCCACCAGCGUCCGCAGACCUGUCCGCACCCGAGGCCUGUUCCCAAGCGCGGUGCUCGGCUCGCACACACGGACAACACGGCCGCGAACACCCGUCCUCGACGAAACCGAGUCGGCGGCGGUGGCAGCCGGAGCCGGAGCCGAAGUACGGGGGCCGCGGUGAGGCUAGCUGGGACCGAGCUACCAGGAGGAUACUCCCUCUCUCCAGUCGGCUCCGUCUUCAAGCUCCAGAUUACGGGAAAAGUUCGAGAAACUUUCGCGGACACACCUGGAGGCUGCGAGUCACUUCCUGCUCGGGGGUUUAUUGCAUUAGCGCAUGGAGGAGGUCAGUUCCCCUCGGCCCACUGUGAUGCCAGGAGACGUGUACACUCCCUGCCCAAGGGCACCACGGCAGGGGCAGCUGUGAGUUCGAUUCCCCUGGUCAGUAUCCAUCAGGGACGUGAGCAACAGUUCCCCGUCGGAAUCAUUAAGUGUAACACUGCGCCUCAAGUCAUGUUCACUAUCCAUUCAUGUUAUGUGGUUGGAGCCCCAGGCGCUGUAGGAUGAAGAGCCCGGCGCACCGCACCAGGGACAUCGAGCGGCAAGCUGGCUACCUGAGGCCCGAGCACUGCGCCCCUCCGCCUCCCCGCAGCGGCUCCGACACCAUGUGGUUCAUCCGCGACGGCUGCGGCAUCGUGUGCGGCGUCAUCACCUGGUUCCUGGUCCUCUACGCCGAGUUCGUGGUGGUGUUCGUGGUGCUGCUGCCCGCCAAGAACGUGCUCUACAGCCUCUUCAACGGGGUGAUCUUCAACGGCCUCGCCUUCCUCGCCCUCGCCUCUCAUGCCAGGGCCAUGUGCACAGACCCGGGCGCCGUGCCGAAAGGAAACGCUACCAAAGAGUUCAUCGAGAGCCUGCAGCUCAAACCAGGACAGGUGGUGUACAAAUGUCCCAAGUGCUGCAGCAUCAAGCCUGACAGAGCUCAUCACUGCAGUGUGUGUAAGCGCUGCAUCAAAAAGAUGGACCACCACUGUCCCUGGGUGAACAACUGUGUCGGAGAGAGCAACCAGAAAUACUUUGUGCUCUUCACGUUGUACAUUGCACUAAUCUCCUUCCAUGCCCUCAUCUUGGUGGCUUUCCAUUUUGUGCUCUGCUUUGAAGACGACUGGACAAAGUGCAGUAACUUCUCUCCACCAGCCACCGUCAUCCUCCUCAUCCUCCUCUGCUUCGAAGGCCUCCUCUUUUUGAUCUUCACUGCCGUCAUGUUCGGGACCCAGGUUCACUCCAUCUGCAGCGACGAGACGGGCAUCGAGCAGCUGAAGAAGGAGGAGAGAAGAUGGGCCAAAAGGUCAAAGUGGAUGAAUUUGAAAGUGGUGUUCGGCCACCCGUUCUCCGUGUCCUGGCUGAGCCCGUUCGCGACGCCCGACCACGGCAAGGCCGACCUCUACCAGUACAUAGUGUGAGUGAGUCUUAGACUGAGCCGAGCUCUGGUGCUCGUGGACUAAAGACUGACCGGUCCCGGUCUGCUCCUCCCCAGUGGCCGGACCUCAACGAGCAUGAACUCCUCGUAAACCACGAAUACAUUUUUUUUUCUUUCAUUUCUUGAAAUUUCAGGGUAUUCUCCCGAAAAGCUAUUCCACUGUUCAUUACGAGUCUUUUUUUAAAAUAUUGUCACCUUCUUUACAUUUUAUAGUUUCCCCUUUUGGUGCUGACUGAGAUUAAUAAGGUGUAGCUGUUAAAAACAAAACAAUAAGCGGCGACUACUUACACAAACAGCACUUAAUAAGAGUCGGUGAGUUCUGCCUUCAUCUGGACUUUUAAGUUCCUGCAUCAUUUCCUGCUUCCAGUGCGAAACAAUGUGAACUGAAGUGAAAAAUGUUUCCGCACGAAGCGGCGGCAGCACAGUCGAGGUCUCCCGUGUUUCCGUCAAUAGUCUUUUGCCGGAGGAUUUUUGCCUUAGAACAGAAACAGUGCAUUAGAAAACGGUGGCAUCGGCUAUUUAAAAAAAAUAUAUAUUUCUAUUAUUUUUUGCCUUAAUGUGACAGUCAGGGUGAGACACUGGUCACUGCCAGAUACAGUGGAGUCCAAAAGUCUCGAGACCACUUUACCAUUCAAGUAAAUGGGGACGUCCGACUUUUUCACCUCACUGUUUGGUGGAUUUGUUCAGGCGAUCUUUUGUAUUUUAAAUUAUAUCAAGUUUUUUUUGUGUGCUAUAAAAUCGCUGGCUCUGCAAGACAGUGAGAGCAAAUCACAUAUAAGAGCAAUAUGAGUGUGAGUUACACAAAAUAGUCUCUGAAGUCAUAAUCCGUAAGAUUUCAGUCCUGGUUUAUGUUUGAGCAGCAGCUUUGUCACUAAUGCAAAUGAAGACCGUUUUGCGUUUCCUCUAAUUGCUUCACAGUAAAAGUGUUUUGCAGGUUGAAGGCUUUUAAUGUGACGCAGCAGCAGUAGAAACUUGACGCAGCUGUCGUCAGGUGUGAAGAGAUUGAACGAGGUUUUUUUUUUGCCAAGUUUUCCUCCAAAUUAAGCACAAAUUUUAAAUGAAUUUCUCGAAAUUUGUCAACAUAUUAUGCCUUUUCAGUUUUCCCUUUACUUCGAGUGUUAUAUAGGUUUUAUAGGUGAAAAGCGAGAACAAUGGAACUUCAACUGGCCAAUCAGACCAGGCCGGGCUUUAUCGGGAGGGAGGGGCCUUAAAGAGAAUGGAGCUUAAAUCAAAAUGUUUCAUACAGAGGCUGAAAAGAGGAGCUGCAGGAAUGUGACAGUAGGAGGAAACUGAUGUGUUCACUGAACAUUUGAGCAUGUGAACCUUUUGCAAGCAAUAAUCAAAUUUAAAUUAUGAACCUGAAUAUGAGCAUAAUGUGUCUCCUUUAUAGCGCGUUUCCAUUCACUACUGUUAAAACUUGGUUCAUCAAGAAACAGUUGGUUACUUUUUCAUUUAUUUCAGGACAAUCUUAAGGAUUAUAACUUGAAAAAAAUAUGCGACUUGGCAGAUGAAGACAGUCUUGUUUCUAAACCGUGGUGAGUUUUUAAAGUCCACCGGGCAGUUUGGCCAGCGACCUUUUCUUUAUUUCACAAGUCUGUGCAGUAAAUGUAGACGACCUCUUCGCUUUGACAACCAAUCACGGUCACCGGCUCAGACGGAAAAGUCAGGGAACGAGGCAAUACGCGUAACUCUCCGAGAGCACUGACCCCAUUUCACGCGCCCUCAUUUACGGCUAAUCUGUUCACAGAUAGUAGAUGUGAGCCUGACUCAAGUUGGUGGAGACGGAAGCCUUAACAGGAUGAAGUGUCGAAAAUGAAAUUCAGGUCAGUGGAAAAUGUUCACUGAGGCCUGAAGGACCACCGCUGAAUAUUGCACAUUAUUAAUUGUCACAGCUGCGAGAGAGACGAUUGAGAUCAUGAGAAUUUUACGCAGAUGGGAAAGGUUCCACACUUUAAUAAUAAAAGGCCUUUGCCCACGUGUCGAACGCCUUACUGUAGUAUUGCAGCAAUCAUGCUUUUUUUAAAGAGGAUGAAAGGAAUUAUGAGAACAUUGAAAGCUUAGUGAACGGAGGCAGUGAGAGUAACCGUUUCAAGUUUAAGAGCAUGCAUCGUCCGGAAUGACAGUUUCUUAGGCUUUUAAAAAUAUCUGGAUUUUUUAAUAAAAAUGUUAGAAAAGGUCACGUUAGCGUGGAGACAUCUGGUUUACAUACACAGUACGCCAGCUUUCGUCUUUCUCUUGGACUGUUUCAUGUGUCAUGUGCGGUCAGGCAUGAGUCAACGUGGACCGCAUUAUGUUUUUUCAUUGUUCUUUUUGACUGUGGUAUGUUUAAAGGGGGAUGAAAUAAAACGAUGUGACUGCUUUAUAGUGA